ACUCCACCAGCAACAAUAGAGUUGCUUCCGCCACCGUCUUGGGUUUGAGGCCCUGAACCCCCUGACCUCGAGAGGGUUGGAAAGUGAGGUUGGAGAACUUUCUAGCUAGUACUUUGAAUUUUUUGGAAAUUUUUUUCUUCACCCUAGUUCGGUUGGGUGCUCCGUCUUACGGGGCCCCAAGUUUAUUUUAAGAGUCCGCCACCGUGUUAUGGGCGUGCGCAACUGCCUCGACGGCAAUAAUAUGUCAGGACAACGCGAUAUCCCCCUUGAACUCGGGGAACAGCCCGAGCAACCAUCUUUGGAGGCCCCAGGGGCAGCUGCCCCCAGUCCUGGGCCUAGCGCAGCCGAAGAGAUGGAGACCGAACCGCCUCACAGCGAGCCCGUCCCCAUCGAGAUUGAAGGCGAGGCCUGUGGACCCCCAGAGGUCUCCAGGCCCAACUUCCAGAACGUGGGAGAGGCCAUCGAAGAAGCAGGAGCCCAUGGAAGCUACAGCCCACCUCCUGAGGAAGCCAUGCCCUUCGAGGUCGAGCAACCCUGCUCAGGAGGCUUCUGGCCUACCCCGGAGCAGCCUGGAGACACCGCUGGGGCCCGUUCAGGCCUGGAGGUCUUUGGCCCAGCGCUCAAGGAGCCCGGAGCCUUCGGUGAAGCCAGACCAGGCCUGGGAGGCUACAGCCCUCCACCCGAGGAAGCCAUGCCCUUUGAGUUUGAGCAGCCUGCCCAGGGAGGUGGCAGCCAGCCUCUCCUGCAGGUCUCAGACCUCGCUCCAGGAGGCCCAGGUGCGGGGGUCUUUAGCACGCCUCCCGAGGAGCCCCAAGCUCUCAGACCUGCAAACGCAGGCUUUGGAGGAGACCGCAGCCCUCCCCCUGAGGAGGCUAUGCCAUUUGAGUUUGAUGGAGCAGCCUUUGGGGACGACAGCCCACCCCCUGGGCUCCCCCGAGCUAUCCCACAAAUCGACGGCGUUGGCGGCGGCGGCGGCGGCAGCGGCGGCCAGUCCGCGGCAGCCGCGGUCUCGAGUGCGGUCCUCCUCGCUCCCGCCGCGAACGAGCCCCCCCUCUGGGUCCCAGCCGCCAUCGGCAGCCCAUCCCGAGAGGCUGUCAGAUCUCCUCCACACUUCGCGGGCGACAGCCCCCCGAUGGAGAUCUCCGGACCCCCGCUCGAGAUUGGUAGCGCCCCCGUUGGGGUCGACGACGCUCCCGUCAACAUGGACAGCCCCCCAAUCGCGCUUGACGGCCCGCCCAUCGAGGUCUCCCGAGCCCCAGUUAAGAGAGAGCGAGCAGAGGGAGAGAGACCCCCAGUUGAGGGAGAAGCAGCCGAGAUGGAAGGAGGCUCAGCCGCAGCUGCUGCGGAAGAAGGAAAAGUCCCCUCUCCGGGGGACGGAGCCCCGGACGCCGGGGCCAAGCCUGCUGCUCCAGCCGCCGGGGCAGCCGCGGCUGCCCCUGACACUCCAGCCGCCGGGGCAGCUGCUCCUGCCGCCCCUGACGCUCCCGCCGCCGGGGCAGCCCCAGCCGCCCCUGACGCUCCCGCCGCCGGGGCAGCCCCAGCCGCCCCUGACGCUCCAGCCGCUCCAGCCGCUCCAGCCGCUCCAGCCGCCCCAGCCGCCCCAGCCGCUCCAGCCGCCGGGGCAGCUGCUCCUGCCGCCCGGGCAGCCCCUGCCGCCCCUGCGUCUGGAGCCCGACCCAAGCUGCGCUUCCUUAGACCCCCCAGCCCCGAGAUCCAGGCUGCCGAUCCGCCUACUCCGCAGCCUACUCGCGCAUUUGCCUGGCGGGGCAGGUCUGGCCGCAGCCGCGACGACGACGAGGGGUCGGUCAGCAGCGACGACCACAGCAGCGAUGAGUCCGACGAUGGGACCUCCGGAUGCCGCCGCUGGCUGCAGCCCCGGCGAAAUCGCCGCCGCCGAAAGCCCCGGCGCAACUUGCUCCGCAACUUCCUCAUGCAGGCCUUCGGGGGCUGCUUCGGCCGAGCUGAGAGCCCCCAGCCCAAAGCCUCGCACAGCCCCAAGGUCAAGAAGAUUCCUCUGGCGGAGAAGCGCAGACAGAUGCGCAAGGAAGCCCUGGAGAAGCGCGCCCAGAAGCGCGCAGAGAAGAAACGCAGCAAGCUCAUCGACAAACAACUCCAGGAGGAAAAGAUGGGGUACAUGUGUACGCACCGCCUGCUGCUUCUAGGGAGAAAAGUGGUGCCGAGCAACACUGAGGGUCGUUUCCGGCUGGACAAGCCAGCGUCAGCGACCGUAAUGCCCCCAGUCCUGGGGUGGGGGCCGGCAAGAAAGAAGGGGGCUUCAGGUGAGCCAGGAACUGCCGGGGAGGGCCCCGGGGUUCCCCAGGCUAGGCCGGUUGGGGCCGUGGUGGGCUGGGGUCGUUGGGGAAGGUGCGCCCCCGCCUCGCCUGGCACUGCUGCUUGGACUCAGACAGCUUGUCGUUGGUGUGUGUUGGUGUCCAUAUUGUGUCCGCCUGUGCAUGAUAUGCUCAAGUGUCCCCCAAUUCGCAUCCCUGGCACCCCCAUUACCCGCCGACUGUGUACUCGUACUGGGGAACGGGCUGUCUUGUGUUUUGCGCCAUGGCGCGGGCAAAAACUUUCCGUGUUUUGCACACUCUGGUGGUACCUGUGCGCGGGCGCUCUGCAGCGGCAGCGCGAAAAAUGCGGAGGAGAAGGUGGUGGGACGUCUCGGGGAGUGUGUUGGGCUGCUGGCGCGGGGGAGAGGGGGCCGCCUCUCGCUGGCCUCCAUAACCUUUUUUCUGUAUGUCUUUCUCUCUUUUUUCCCUUUGCGCUAAGCGUUUCCUCACUUCUCAUUCGUUCGCCAAACCCUCCCGCCUUUACGGUUGAAAAACCAGACACUCAGGUAUCUGGGGUCGGGGCUACACACAUGCGUUCAGUAUUCUGCACACACUCAGCUCACCUGGUGGGGGGAUGGUGGGAGGAGGGGGGAAAAAAAACCCUCUGAAUCUGCUACGGGCAGGUCUGGAUCCAAACCUACACAGGGCUGGUUCCAAGAGGGUGGGCGUGGCUGUAUUUAAAAAAUAUGAAAUAA